CUAGACAAUUGUACUAAAUAAUUUGAUGACACUCCCAGCUAAUGCUUUCUUAACGUACAUGGAGCAACCACCGGACACUGAAGAUGACCUGAGCACUCCCACCACCACCACUGCCGCAGCCACCAUCACCCAAAACCACGAAAACCAACAACGCAGCGGCACCCGGCACCCGGUGUACCGGGGCGUGAGGAAGCGGCGGUGGGGAAAAUGGGUGUCCGAAAUCAGGGAGCCACGCAAGAAGUCACGCAUUUGGCUAGGGUCCUUCCCGGUGCCCGAGAUGGCGGCCAAGGCCUAUGACGUGGCGGCCUACUGCCUCAAGGGGCGAAAAGCGCAGCUGAACUUCCCCGACGAGGUGGAGCACUUGCCGAGGCCCUCCACGUGUACGGCUAGGGAUAUUCAGGCAGCAGCAGCUAAAGCAGCACAGACAAUGAAGUCAUCAAGUACAGCUAGAAGCACUGAUCAGGAUCAUCACCGUGAUGUAUUGGAAGGCGGCGGCGUCGAUGAUUUUUGGGGUGAGAUUGAGCUACCGGAGCUAAUGAAUAGCGGUACGUGCUACUCGAACUCAUGUGGGUGGAGUACGUUUUCCGGUGAGACAGCAUUAACAUGGCCAGAAGGAGAGGCAUGUCUAUAAGAUGAUGAUUAGGUUCUUAUAUGCGGUUAGUGUAUAAUACAAUAUGUGCUCCAAUUUAUGUAUACCAACUCAGGUAGAUGGGUUUGUUGUGCUUAAUUAAUAAUUUUUGUUA